AUGGCCGACGAACAUCAGCUGUUCGGUCAGUUCAGGACUCCUGGCUCCCAAGAAUUCCAAGAAGGUGUAGUGCUUUAUGUUGCUGCAACACCUUACCAAAUACACCCCCAAUUCACAAGGAUGGUCAAGGAAACCCCUUUUAGUGGAUUGAGCAAUGAGUGUCCUCUUCAAAAUCUCGAAGCAUUCUCUGAUGUUUGUGGACUUAUCCCUCCUUGCCCCAACAACCCUAUUUAUGUUCGACUGCACUUAUUCCAUCUAAGCCUAGUGGGAGAUGCUAGAAACUGGUAUAAAUGCCUUGAGCCCAACUCUAUCACCACUUGGGCUCAAUUGAAAACUCCAUUCGUAAAAAGGUUUUACCUUACUGUAAAACACAAGAUUGGGGUAAAAAGAUUACAUCAUUCACUCAAGAAGAUGAAGAGAACUUGGACUGCAGCUUGGAGUAGGUUCAAGAGGAUGAUACGAGCAUGUCCUCAUCAUGAAUAUGGGGACAACCACCUGAAUACAUUCUUUUAUGAUGGCCUCAAUGAUACUACCAAGGCCCUUUUAGAUUCAGAAGUGGGUGGCCAACUCUCUAAGAUUCCAUGCAACCAGGUGAAAGCCAAAAUUGAAGAGGUUUCCAAGAAUAGUGCCUGGGGAAGUGCAAGGAGUAAGGGUCUACCAAGAGGGAUGAUUGACACAACCAACCUGGACACCAUCAGUGCAAAGAUUGAAGCAAUUAUAGACAAGAAGCUAUCUAAGUUAAGCCUUGUCAGUAGUUCGAACACCUCUUCAGCGCGUGAAAAGCACUUUGCAUGUGCGAUUUGUGGGGGCACCAACCAUGAUACUUCUUAUUGCGCCGUUAACUAUGGUGGACAAGGACAAGGGGCAGGGUACGUACAACAACCGUGCACCAACCAAUCACAUAGACCUCCCUUCAAUUCAAAUCAAAACCAAGGAAACUUCCAUCCGGGAUGUAAUAGAAAUGUUCAAAGCGGGUUCAACAAUAAGGGUUUACAAGGGAACCAACCGAGUGGAAAUGCACUAAGGCCAAGCUCAUAUAGACCACCGGGGUUUAAUCAAGGGCCUAGAGUUGAUGCGCCUUUGGUAAGGGGAGGUGACGAGAAAGGAGUGAAUGUGACUGAGAAAGAAGAGGAACAAGGUGAAAGAUUGAGGGUUGAAAGUGAAAGAAGCGAGCUUACAAAGAUUGAUGAUGAGGAAGAAAAGCAAAAGAAUGAGAAGUCGACGGAAAAUAACAAAGAGAUGAAGAAGAGGAUUGAGGAGAAAAAAAGGUUAGGUCGCUUGUAUACUCCCCUACUUCCCUUCCUCUAUAGGAGAGUAGAGAAGCAACUUGAUGAGAAGUUUAAGAAAUUUCUAGAACACUUGCGAAAGAUGGAGAUGAAGAUUUCGUUUCUUGAUGCAAUGGCACAAAUGCCUAAGUAUGCUAUGUUCUUGAAAGACCUGCUCUCCAACAAGAAGAAGCUUGAGGAAGAAAUAAUCAUUAUCCCCCAUCAGGCUAGUUCCAUUCUAUAA